AUGCAGUCGCCGCCGCUGCAGCGCUAUUUCGAGCCAUGCGCGGCAACCGCAUCCAUGUUCCUCUAUGCACAAGGCGCCUCGGUCGUCUGUUGUCACCACGAUACGCUCACCAUCGAACGUCGAUUCGCGAGGCACUCCCAUGAAGUACAACUUCUUGCCGUCGACAACCACAGCGAGAGUGGGGCCGGCCGGCUUGUUGUCAGCUAUGAUGCAGGGAAAAAUGUCAUCGUCUGGGAUCUUCUGACGGGCGACGAAAUCUCGCGCCUAGCUUCUCUGGACCAUCACAUCACCGCAGCCGCCUGGAUGCGCAGCGGUAAUGUCGCGUUUGGUAACUCGCAAGGCGUCAUCAUUCUCUUUGAGCCUAGAACACAAGAGCAUGUUUCCUCUAGAACUAUUGAUCAAAUUGCAGUCACUGCCCUCGCCCCCUCGGGAGAUUGCAGGACCUUUGCCAUUGGAUACCAAAAUGGCCAGUGCUUGGUUGCGAUCCUCCAGCCUCGAUUCACAAUCCUCCACAACCUCACCAUGUCACGUUCUCCUUCCCCAAUUGUGACAUUGCAAUGGCACGCUUCCACCCCACGCCAAAAAUCGGACAUGCUCGCAUCCCAAACCCAGGAUGGCGACCUCAAGGUUUGGAGUGUCGCCAAGACGUAUAACGCGAAUGAGCCGGCCAAGGUUGUCCGCUCUCUCAAACGAAACGAAACCUUCCGUCCUGGCCCAAAUUGGAUGGGAUGGUCCAAGAACGGACGCAUCAUCCAACACUCUGAAUCUGAAACCAUCUCCUGGGAUGUAAGAACGAGACACAUCACGCACGACAUGAUUCCCACCCUGGAACAUAACGACAAGGCUACCACGAUUGCCUCGGAAUCCGAAAUCAUGUUCAACCCGAGCGAUGUCGGAAUUUCGGAGAGCGACGACGACUAUAGCAAGCCAAGCUUUAGCCAGGACGAAAGCUUUGACGAGCGCAGCCUGAAUUCCUCUCAGAACGGUUUUCCUUCCAUGUCCGGCUCCCGCACACCCGGCCGACAUGGCGGUUCGCUGCGCUCUCGGGGCCUGACUGAGCAUACUUAUAUAUCCGCCGACGAUUCCUUCAAGUCUAAGCCGAAGCGUGGUUUCAAGUCUUCAGAUCUGUAUUCGCAAUGCUCCUUCAGCAGUGUCUCGACGAGGUCCCAUGUGCCCUCGCAAGUGCGAAAUGUACCUGCCCAAGGCACCCCGUCGAUUGAGGAAGCCCGAGUUGACGAUCUCUUCAAAUUCACCCGGAGCCGCCUCAGUGAUAUCCCGUACAAGGCAAUCCCGAUGGGCGAAGCCCGCCGUACGAAUGACGACCUUCGCCGCCAGAUGCUCAGCACAAUUUUCGGGUGGCAUAAGGAGAUCGAGGACUUGAUUGCUGAUGAGAUGAGCCGCCACCCCAACGGCUCCUCGAGUCGGAUCAUGUUGGCAAAGUGGUUGGGCCUUACUGACCGAGAUAUUGUCGAUAUUGGUACCGAGGGCAUGACUUCCUCAGACUGGAUGUUGCUGGCCCUCAGCGGCAUGGGAGGCGGACAGCAUACCAGCCAGCACAAGAUUGGUAGGGCUUACGUCACGACAUUACUUGAGAAGCGUGAUGUACAUGCCGCCGCCACCAUUUUGAUUGGCAUGGGUGACCACAACGACGCCAUUGAGAUUUACGUCUCCCACAAACGCUACAUGGAGGCGCUCAUUCUUACAUGCCUUUUCUACCCGGCUGUCUGGGAACGCCAGUGUGCCAUUGUCAAGCGGUGGGGCGAGUCAGCGAUUCAGCACGGACACCGUGAUCUGGCAAUCCGAUGCUUUGCAUGCUCGGGCCAGGAAUCUUCGGAACCCUGGGCAUCACCUUCUGCUGUCCAGCUGACGUUCCAAAACCUGGGCCCCAGCAUUGGCGAGGUGUUGAGCCCGCCGCUCUCCUCCCGGUCUUAG